AUGAGGGGAGAAUCGUAUUUCCUUGGAAUGCGAGGCCCUGGUCACUAUGGCUGUAUUCUGGAGGAUGGGGGACUUUUCCUACUCUACUCUAUAGACCGAGACAAGGAUAUAAAGAGAUGUUUUGCAGAGGAAGAUUUUCAUGAAAUAACUGAUUUCAAUGAUCUCCCAAACUCUCUCUUCGCUUGUAACGUCCACCAAUCUGUGUUUGAAGGCGAGGACAGCAAGGAGAAGUUUGAGGGCUUGUUCCGUGCCUAUGAUGACUGUGUGACGUUCCAGUUGUUCAAAAGCUUCAGACGUGUGCGGAUAAAUUUCAGCAGUCCUAAAUCAGCUGCUCGGGCCAGGAUAGAGCUGCAUGAAACACAGUUCAGAGGGAAGAAGUUAAAACUAUACUUCGCCCAGGUUCAGACCUCCGAGACAGAUGGGGACAAGCUUCAUUUGGCUCCACCACAGCCCGCAAAACAGUUUCUCAUCUCGCCUCCAGCCUCCCCUCCCGUAGGGUGGCAGCCAAUAGAUGAUGGAACACCAGUCAUCAACUAUGACCUCCUUUAUGCAGUUUCUAAACUAGGACCAGGGGAGAAGUACGAGCUGCAUGCAGGGACAGAGUCCACCCCGAGCGUGGUGGUGCAUGUCUGCGACAGCGACACAGAGGAAGAAGAGGACCCAAAGAAUUCUCCAAAGCCAAAAAUUAUUCAAACCCGGCGCCCUGGCCUGCCUCCUCCUGUGUCUAACUGA